AUGGUCUCCUUCUCAAGCCUCUUCGUGGCUGCCUGUGCUGCCGUGACUGCCCUUGCGCUUCCCAGCGAGGUGGAAAAGCGUGCGAUCACCACGAGCCAGCAAGGAACUAGCAAUGGCUACUUCUACUCUUUCUGGACCAACGGUGGUGGCAGUGUCUCCUACAACAACGGUGCUGCGGGUCAGUACAGCGUCGACUGGACCAACUGCGGAUCUUUCACCUCUGGCAAGGGCUGGGCUACUGGAAGCGCCCGAAACAUCAACUUCUCCGGGUCUUUCAACCCCUCCGGAAAUGCUUACCUCGCUGUCUACGGCUGGACCACUAGCCCCCUCGUCGAAUACUACAUCAUGGAAAGCUAUGGCGAGUACAACCCCGGCAGCAGCAUGACCUUCAAGGGAACCGUGACCAGCGAUGGAUCCGUCUACGAUAUCUAUACCCACCAGCAGGUGAACCAGCCUUCCAUCUCCGGAACUGCUACCUUCAACCAGUACUGGUCCAUCCGCCGCUCCAAGCGCUCCAGCGGAACUGUCACCACUGCUAACCACUUCAACGCUUGGGCUUCUCUUGGAAUGAGUCUCGGCUCGCACAACUACCAGAUUGUCAGCACUGAGGGAUACGAGAGCAGUGGAUCCUCCUCCAUCACUGUUUCCUAA